GUAGAUUUUGUUUUCCGUGUACGGGUUUUGCUUCUUCUGUCUUUUCACGUAGGCAGUGUUGACUGCGUGUUUCCAGUUUUUGCUAUUUUGAGUGAAAAAUCCUGUAAUAUCCCUGAAUCUGCAUUUAAAAUGUACUCCAACGACGAUUAUAUAGAUGGCGGCUACGAUGACUACAGUUAUGACAUGGAGCCACUAGAUGAUGGAAUCUACGAUCGGUCGUAUUAUCCUAUGCAUGAGGACGUUAAAAAAUUCUUGGUGUAUUUUUGCAGCGUUAUCAAAGGGGGUGUGGUGUACGAGAUACAGAACUUGUAUGAAAAUACGUUUCCUAAGUUGAGCGAGCAGCACUUUGAGAAAAAGGCUUGGCCUAGCGAGAAAGAAGUGGCUAUUUUAGUGGAGAAUGAUAGUUUAUUCAUGAUCUUGUAUAAGGAACUGUAUUAUCGACAUCUGCACGCUAGAAUUCAAGGCGGACCGUCACUAGAACAGCGUUUGAAUUCUUUUUAUAACUACUGUAGCUUUUUCAAUACUAUUCUUCCUUCGAUGGAACCGGUGCAGCUAGAAUUGCCGGAUAUCUGGUUGUGGGAACUAAUCGAUGAGUUUGUCUACCAGUUCCAAAAUUUCGCUCAAUAUCGUGCCAGAUUAACGGACAAAUCUGAAGAAGAGAUGGACACCUUGCUUAAUAACAACAGCAAAGUUUGGAACAUUCUAUGCAUUCUGAACGUACUUCAUUCAUUGGUUUCAAUGUCGAAGAUCAAGGAUCAAUUGGAAGCUGCUGCUGCAGGUCGCGAUCCCGAGGAAGUAGCUGGUGAAUUCGGACGUCAUUCGUUUUACAAAAUGCUUGGAUAUUUUAGUUUGGUUGGAUUGCUACGUGUUCAUUCACUGCUGGGUGAUUACCACCAAGCUAUCAAAGUGCUUGAACCGAUCGAGAUACAUAAGAAGAGCCAAUAUUCGCAUAUUCCGGCUUGUCAAAUUUCUACUUCAUACUAUGUUGGAUUUGCAUACAUGAUGAUGCGGCGUUAUUCUGAUGCUAUUCGCACAUUCUCCUCAAUUCUUUUAUAUAUUCAACGAACUAAACAGCUGUAUAGCGCACGUUCUUAUCAGAAUGAUCAAAUCAAUAAACAAACGGACCAAAUGUACCAUCUCUUAGCAAUUUGCUUAGUGCUGCAUCCACAAUGCAUUGACGAAUCAAUCCAGCAGGUGCUCCGCGAGAAAAAUUACCACGACAAUAUGUACAAAAUGCAAUGUGGUGAUUUGGAUACUUUCCGAAACUUUUUUGUGUUUGCUUGUCCAAAAUUUGUAUCACCUGUUCCCCCACCACCAGACGCACCUAUUGAGGAUUAUGUGAAGGAAGCAUUGGAGCAUCAGACCAAUGUUUUUAUGGAUGAGGUUCGUCAACAACAGGAAUUGCCAACUAUCCGAUCAUACUUGAAGCUGUACACAACAUUACCGCUACUGAAGCUAGCUUCUUUCAUGGAUCAUAUUCCACAGGAUGAAAUCGGCGAACAGAAAAUCGAAAAUUUGUUGACACAUUUAUUGUGCUUUAAACAUAAGAUGAAAAACAUUGUUUGGACCAAGGGUUCUAGUGGAUUGGAAGGUAAAUUUCAGUCGGGAUCAGAGUUGGACUUCUUUAUUGACAAAGAUAUGAUUCACAUUGCUGAUACAAAAGUUUCACAUCGUUAUGGUGAUUUCUUCAUCAGAAAGAUUAUGAAAUUUGAGGAUUUGAAUCGCCGCCUCCAUAACUUGAAGGGAUAACUUACAGUUUGCUGUCGAACUGUGCAACAAAAGGCAUGUUUAAUAGUAGAUUAAACUUUUUAUUGAUGCACUUUUCGAGUAUUAAAGCGAAUGUAAUUAUCAAUUUCAAAUAAACAAAUAUAUUCAACGAAA